AUGGGGGCAACUCCAUUUCCUGGUCCAAUAACAGGAAGAUUGAGAGAAACUGACAAAACUUCUGUUCCAGAAGAAAAUCUCCCACCUAACCAUGCUUCUAUAAUCCAAAGAAAACUAAGGAGACAGAACAUAUAUUUCGACUCAGGAGACUACAACAUGGCCAAGGCACAACUUAAACCUGGAGUCGAUAAAGAUGCAGCUUUAAAAAAUGCCACAGGCUCUCAGCACCCCACUCCUGCAGAUAUUCCACGUAAGCUGUCUGACACUUGUAUAAUGGAUCCCAAUGUUUCAAAAGAUAAACACAACUAA